AUGCGUGGUGAAUGGAAUGUGUUACAAGCUUUAUUUCUUAGAAAAUGUCCAUAUGCAUAUUAUGUGCAUUGCUUUGCUCAUAAGCUACAAUUAGCUUUGGUUGUAGCGUCUAGAGAAGUAAAAUAUGUUCAUCGGUUCUUUGAGAAUUUGAAUUUUAUUAUCAACAUUGUUGUUGGUUCUUCAAAACGCAAUGGUGAAUUGCAAUCUACUCAAGUUGUUGAGAUUGAAAGUAUGAUUGCUUCUAAUGAAAUUGAGACUAGAAGGGGGGCAAAUCAAAUUGUAGUCUUCCAAUUGCAAGAACUGGAUAAUAGAUUUAGUGAGCAUGCAGUGGACCUUCUUCGUCUUAGUGCCGCUUUGAGCCCCCAAGAUGUAUACAAUUCAUUUAAGAUCGAUGAUAUAUGCAGCUUAGUUGAGAAGUUCUAUCCUCAAAAUUUUACUGAGCAAGAGAAAAUCAUUUUGAGAUUUCAAUUGGAUCAUUAUAGGCUUGAUGUGUCAAAACAUUCAGAUUUUCAGAAUAUGUCCACUUUAUCUGAGUUGUGCAGAGGAUUAGCAAUUUCAGGAAAAUCGAAGAUUUAUAAUUUGAUUGACAAGUUGAUUCGUCUAGUGUUGACUCUCCCUGUUUCUACCGCUACUACUGAACGAGCAUUUUCUGUCAUAAAACUUGUAAAAACUAGAUUACGUGUAGAAUGGAAGAUGAGUUUCUAG